UAUACUCCGUAUCUGAUCCUUAGUCCCCUUCUCAGUUCCCACCACACAGCCAUCUCCGACUGGAGACAGCGCAACCCAGAGGGGAAUCACCCGCCCGCGGUACGGUACCGUAACGGCUUCCGAUGCGGAGCGCCAAAACUUUUUUUUUGCCCGUUGCGACCAGUUGAGUUGAGUACAACCACCACCACCACUACUUUCUCUCUCCCCGCCACGUCAAUUUGCGAAGUCGUGGCCUAAUACAACUCACCGCUCCUGCAAUCCAGCCCGGUCGCUUCCAAAGCCCCUCAUCCUCCCCGCCUAAAAAAGAAAUCAGACGAAACGAGCACGCGCGAUUUGCUCACCCAUCAACCCCGAACAUGGCGGCGACCAAGCGUUCCCGAGACGAGGUGACCACGGAAGAGAAGCGGCCAACAGAAGGAGAUGCCGCUCCGAUGAAGAAGAGAAAGGGAUUUUCCGUCGGGCCUGCGAACCUGCCUGACGGUACCUAUCGUCGCAAGACCCAGAAAAUCAAGUCCGAUUUGAUCUCCAAAGCCAAAGUCAAGAAGGCCUACGCCAAAGUCAGAGCCGCGGAGCUCGCAGCCGCCCCGGCCAGACCCAUCUACACGAACGACGAGGAUGCGGGCGAAAAGGAAGAGCCCGCGACGCUGGAACUGCACCCGGAUCGAGUGGCGAUGCUGAAUGAACCGGCGCCGGAGCCGACCCCUCAGUCACAGCGCGGGGACAGGCGCGAUGCCAAUGGUCGUCGGGCUCGGAAGCCGAAACCUUCUGCCUUUUCCAGGGAGUUGGAGAUUGCGGAGGCGCGCAGGAAGGAGGCCGCGAAGAGGCAGGAGGACCGCGAUUUCAGACAGAAAAAUCGGGAGGCUAUGGCGCGUGCCAGACGGCCGGAUCAGCAAGGGAAGCGGAAGUUGGGGAGGGAAAGCACGGUGUUGCUGGAUCGGGUGCAACGGAUGGUCGGCAAGGCCUGAGAGAACGAGAGAUAUGAUGGAUCCUGUGUGAGAGCGACAGACUAAAAGUUUUGAGUAUGAUACCCGCUAAGUAAUGGUUACAAUUCGUCAUCGAGUGGCACAGGCAUGAUGUGAUGUGCUAUCAUCAAGAAGCAUGAUUGGGAUUUUCUUUUUUUUUUCGUUUCGGUUCCUGUCAAUAUAUAGGGAGUAUUAUUUCUUCAAGAGUUUAGAU